GCGGCCAGAGGAGACGAAGGUUCCGCCAUAGAGAGACGGGGAGAGAGCGGAAGUAGAUCCGGAUUCUCUUGCUGGCGGGCAGGAAUCAUGAUUUCUGAAAGUGGCUCCUUCGUAAAGGGCAUGGUGAUUGGAGGAAUCUGCUGCAUCUUGGUUACCCUUCUGGGACAUAUUAAGGUGGGUCACAAUACAAAAUCUCAUGAGCAUCGACACCUCCAAGCCCCCAGAAAGGAGGACAUUCUCAGCCUCUCUGAAGACAAGCGCCUGGAGCUGACACAGAGCAUCCGUGUCUACUGCAUAAUCCUUGUCAGACCAAAGGAUCUGGGACACUGGGCAGCUGUGAAAGAAACCUGGAGCAAGCAUUGCGACAAGGCCGAAUUCUACAGCUCUGAGAACGUCAAAGUCUUCGACUCGAUUGUGCUCAACACCGAUGACAUGUGGACAAUGAUGCGCAAAGCAUACAAACAUGCAUAUGAAAAUUACAGAGACAGCUACAACUGGUACUUCCUCACCUACCCCAGCACCUUUGCUAUUAUUGAAAACCUAAAAUACUUCUUGCUGAAGCAAGACCCCUCCCAGCCAUUCUACACAGGCCAGACUGAGACCUCAGGAGAUCUGCAGUAUGUGAAUGGCGGGGGAGGAAUCGUCUUGAGUGUGGAAUCAUUGCGGCGACUCUACAGAGUUUUUGAGGAUCCAGAUAAGUGUCCUGAACAUGGGGGUAUGAUUUGGAAGCUUUCGGAAGAUAAACAGUUAGCAAUCUGCUUAAAAUACACGGGGGUGCAUGCUGAAAAUGCAGAAGAUUCUGAAAAAAAGGACGUCUUCAACACCAAGUCAGUGGGCACUCUCAUUAAGGAAGCGAUGGCUAACCACCCGCGGGAGGUGGUGGAAGGUUGCUGUUCAGAUAUGGCCGUCACGUUCAGUGGUCUGCUGCCUAACCACAUGCAUGUCAUGAUGUACGGUGUUUACAGGCUCAGAGCAUAUGGCCACACUUUUAAUGAUGCCUUAGCUUUCCUACCUCCUCCAGGCUCAGAUAAUGACUGAAGACGGUGGCACAAAAGUUGCCUACAACACACACUGUCUUAACAUGUAGUGUCCCUCAGCAAGCAGCAUGUAUGCAGGGUGGCUCAAAAUUUGCAUUUAUUAGUAUUGGUGUUAGCUCCUUUUUUUGCACAAUCUGUUUUGUAAUCUUUGGAAAGGGGGAGGGGGUCAUCUUUUUAAAACCAACAAGCCCUUUUAUACAAAUGUGAAUGUCAUCUGGGAAAAAAAAAACAGUUCGAAGAUUUCUUUGUUGACAAUUGCGUAGCAGUUAUGUAAAUAUUUAAAAUCAAAAUUAAUGUACUGUAAAUUAAAUCUAUUUUUGCAGUUGG